AUGGCUCCGACCCUCCGCUCCUCUUCCUCCCUUAUUCCCUCCCGACCUAACACACCACCUGAUGCGCCCAUGAUGGCAAGCACAACUAAUUCAGUCACCGAAGCCACGAGGCCCGCAAAGCAACGGCGCACGGGCAUAGACUCGCGGGAGGCCACCGCUCCGCUACAGAACGCGACGGAGUCGCAGGACAAUGGAAGCAAAGACUGGGCCGAGCCUCCUGCAAGAGCGCCAGCCCCUAGCUAUGCGGAUAGCCCAUGGUCAAAUCACUGUGAUAGUCGGAACCCAGUUCUGAACACGAUGCGCCCUUUAGGGACUCGACCUUCUCCGGCAGACUUGCGGAAGGUCGGCGUGAUGCCCAAGACAAUUCCACCCAUAAUACCUGCCAAAAGAAGGUCUGGAGUCGAGUCCAAUGAGCCUGCGCCACAGAAGGCCAGCUCACUUUUUGACAUUUCCGCGUUUGCGGCGCUUCCCAUCCCCACCUCCGCGGACUUCAACGUGGAGAAGAUCCAAGUGGCCGUCAAGGAGGCUCUACGGAUGGCAACAGAGACCGACAACAUCCCGGUAAGCCGCGGGCUCCUCCGCUUGUGGGAAUCCUGUGCCAAUGAUCCCUUUUCAUUAUCUGUGUUGGAGGGUGUAUGCCAAGGAAAUCCUGGCUCGCGGGAGAAGUCAGCAUUUCAGAGCAUCAUGCGGGCCGCCUGGAACGAGGUAAAGGCAGAAGAGGUUCGCGCACAGGCAGACGAGGACAAAGGGGAAACAGAGGUUGACUCAAUGCCAACUGUGCCUCGCGCUCGAUCGGCUAGUAGCGUUUCGUCGUUGUCUUCACUAAAUACAUUUGAGGACGUUGAGGCCGGGGCGGUCUCAGCACAGCUCCCAGGGUCAGCCCCUGGAAUCAAGAUUCCCCGCGCAAAGGCCAAACACACCCGUUCCGCCGGACUCAAUAAAGGUGCAGCAGACCUCACAGCUCGCCAUUCUAUGCCACCAACAACGGUCAGCUCUCAACUGAAGCAUGCUUUAGAAGAGGACGAGACGCAGUCUGAAGAAUUAGACAGAAUAGACAGGGUGAAGCGGAUUAAGCUUCGGACACCACUGCCAACCAUCGUCCCUGCUGAGAGUCAAGUCCGACCCUUACACCCUACUGAUAUCCCAACCCCAGUUCGCUCACCUACUCCCCCUUUCGCCCAUCCCUCCGCACCAACGCCCCCUCCAGCUCAGCCAGUUGCUCCCGCUCCCUCAGCUGAAUUUGUAGCAUCAGCCCCUCUCGCAUCCUCUGGAGAAACUGCAGAAAACCUUUCCGACAGUCGAGCCAGCAGUGAAGCUGGUGACAACCGCCGACUCACGCCUACCAUGGUUGAUGGUAGCGAUGUUGAAGACGAGAGACCUGACAACGACGAGAUCUGCCACGAAUGCAACAACAGCGGCAAUCUCCUUUGCUGCGACGGUUGUACUAAUUCUUACCAUUUCUCAUGCUUGAAACCCCCACUAGACCCAAACAACCCUCCGGAGGGAGACUGGUAUUGCCCCAAGUGUGCCAUGCGACGGGCCUUCCGUUCUUUGACUAGCAAGUUUGAUCAGCGCUUCGGCAAAAAGGAUGUCAAGGACUUUCAGCUUCCAGCCCGUAUUCGGGAUCAUUUCGCCGGUGUUAGGGUGAACAAGAAAGACGGUCAAUCCUACGAGGCCAUAGUUCCAAUGCCAAAGCCUAAAGGUCGACGUGGUUACCGUAAUGGUACUUACGACGAUUCUCAUUUGCUGAGGACGGUGGACGCUCUAGGGACUCCCAUCUUCUGCUUCAAGUGCGCAGGAAGUGCCGCUAGCGGUCGGCCUAUCAUCCAGUGCGAUGUCUGUCCACUAUCCUGGCAUCUGGAUUGUCUUGAUCCGCCUAUGGCCGCGCCCCCCGCUCAAGUUCCAGGAAGUGAUCUCGCGCAUCACAACUGGAUUUGCCCUAAUCACGCCUGGCAUGAUUACGUUUACGCCUCCAAGGACGAAGAAGGAUACGAUGUCUACAAGCGUAUUCGCCGGCCAAAGCACCCCCGGAUGGUCGAUAUAGACGUUCUCCUCUCCGACGACGAGAUCACCCAGAUGGAAGAUCAGGAAGAAGGCAGCGUCAGGUACCGCGUGUCCGAGCAUGGAAUCAAACACACCUUUAUUAGCCAGGUCAAAAGGCCAGUAGCCCCCAUGAAUUGUGACUCGACUACCAAUAUUGACUCUGCCGACAGAGAAAACGCGGAGUAUCAACUACUGAAAGCCAAUGCGAACAAGUUCCUCGAUCAUGCAACCGCCGAGUACGACAAGAUUAUGUCGCACGCCCGUGCUGCCUUACCCCCACAGACACCCCUAAUGACCGAUGAGGAUGCGAGCACCACAAUCUCGAAUUCCCGCACCACUGCUGAGCGCCAAGCUGCAGCCAACCUCCUUUCAUUUGCUCAGCGGGAGCAUAUCACUCCUCCAGGUGCCAACGAUAGAAUGAGCUUGCUGAUUGACCAACUCCGUGCGAACGCUCCAGAGAUCCGCCCCACAGCCGACACUGAGAUAGCCUCGCUACAGGCCUUGAAGGAUCUCAUCGACCGGCGCAUCCGGGAUAUAUCAGCCCAACCACAAUAG